UACUCGACGUUUGAUCACUUCUUUUUCAUACUUUUGGGGCAUCGUUUCCUACUCCGUAUGUUAUCAUAUUGACAACAUUUCACCAGUAAGGGGACGUCGAGACUUUUAGACUAUCGCCGCCAUUACACCACCGAAGAAGGGUAUCCCGCCCUCCGUCUUAAGGGGACAUGGAGACUCAGUCGGUGUACAUGUGCUUCCCCUGCUACAAGGAGUUCAACACCCUGGAAGAGGUGCUGAAGCACCAGAUGACUUGCACGGCCGAGGAGGACCAGGCUGACUUGUCCCGCGUCACGCCUAUGAUUGUUCCGGUGCUCCAAACGCAACCGGCCCUAACACAGGAGGAGACGGUCGACCCGCGAAUCCAAGUGGAGCUGGAGCCACUGUCGGCACAGUCUGCCGAUAAUGUGGUGCAAGAGGCUGACAUGGAGGCCCAAGAGGCCGAGCUCAGCGAAGAUCAACUGUUGGAUCAGCCCCGAAUCCUCUACCAGUGCGGGGACUGCGAGGAGCUCUUCAAGAGCCUGGACCAAUGGCAGAGUCAUCGCAAAGAAGGUGUCUGUAUGAGGGCCGUCGUCGUGGGCGAGUUGGAUAACGAGACGCAGUCCGGUUUCCCUGCCGAGGAACCUCAUCCCGUCGCCGAGCCUGACGUGAGUGAGCACGAGUCCGACCGAGCGGACGCUUUGGGAUCAGAAAAGGAACAAACACGAGACGUCGAAGCUUCGUCGUGCGACGGUUCCGACCCGGCGGCUCCCGAGGUGGUCACAGUCUCAUCUGCGCUGGAAGAGUCGUCUCCCAGGAAGAGAGGCGCAUUAAAGAAGCCAAAGCCUGAUCCGGUGCUGCUGUGCGUGGACUGCGGCUCCUGUUUCGGCCUGGUCUCCGAACUGGUGGCCCACCGCAAAACGCAUGGCUUCGAGGAGGCCUUGCACCACUGCACCGUGUGCGGCGAGAGCUUUCUCAACACCACCCUCUUCCUCUACCACCGCAAGCAACACCGGCAGAAAGGCGAAGGAAGCACCACAGUGGCGAGCAGCCAAUCAGAGAAAAUGUACCCGCACAGCAGCGCGGCGGAGGGGCAGGAGCCGGAUGGCGCACCCUCCACCUCUUCGGCACAGCCCGCCGAGCUCUUCCUGUGCCUCCAAUGCGGCGGCAGCUUCAACAGCGCCGCCGUGCUGGCCACGCAUCGUCGGGCCAUGCACGACCUAGACACGCCCAUCCAUUCCUGCUCCUACUGCAAGGAGACCUUCAUGAACACCACCCAGUACCUGUACCAUCGCAGGCAGCACCGCGUUCUGGAGUGCGGCCCGAUAGAUGAAGUGGAGACCGGCGACGAGAUCGGGUCGCCUACGGAGGAGGCGCAGACCUCAAAGCGCUUGCUCACUGAGUCGGAUGCACCAGCCCCAAAGAGGAGCAGGCAGGUUUUCCGGAUCGUUGGCAAAGUAAACAAGGAUUCUGGCGGUAAAGAGGAAGCUGAGGGCGGGGCAGCAGUUCCGGUGGACACGGCGAACCUCCCACCACCCGCCAAGCUGCUGCAGGACUGGUCCCGCACCGCCCUGCCCCACGUAUGCCCCUACUGCGGCAAAACCUUCACCAGGCGCGUCUUCUUGCGCACACACGUCUACAGCCACACCGGAGAGAAGCUCUUCAAUUGCAAGGUGGCCGUCAGAAUCUUCAAGCGCACUGCAGCAACACAAGUCAGCCACGUCACGCCUUGCCUUGCCGUUGUUCUGCAGGUGUGUUCCAAGUCCUUCACCAACUCACAGAGCCUGCUGCGCCACACCAUGAGUCACAGCGGCAACAGGCCCUUCUGCUGCGACGUGUGCGGCAAAGAUUUCACGCAGGCCGCCACUCUCAAGAGGCACCAGCUCAUUCACACCUCGGACCAGCCUCGUCGCAAGCGCGGACGCAAACCGAUGUAUGCUGCAGAUGGUGAUGUUGGAGACGGUCUCUUCUCGUGCCCCCUCUGCCCUUCACACUUUAACACAGAGGAACAGCUCAACCAUCACAAACUUCUCCACACCAGCAACCCAUUCCCCUGCCCAGACUGUGGAGAGGCAUUCAGUCGCAGGAAGGACCUCGACCUGCACUCCCUCACCCAUCAAGACAAGGAGCCCGUCGUCUGUCCCCACUGCUCCUCCCAGUUCAUCAACGAGUCUGUGCUUGAGAUCCACCUGCAGCGCUGCACAAGCGAGGAGGAGAGGAACACCGGACGCGGGCGAGGACAAGGACGAGGGCGCUCCACAGGACAGAUUGAGUGCGACCUGUGCGGCCACCGCUGCAUGACCCAGGAGGGCCUGGACCUCCACCGGCUAUCCCACACCGGCCAGACGCCGCUCAAGUGCCCGGUGCGGCCCUGCCGUCGCCGUUUCAUCUCCAACAAGGCCCUGGAGGAGCAUGUGCUGGCCCACUGCCAGGGCAAAAUUAGCAAGUCCAAGAGCCGGGUCCGCUUCGAGUGCGAGAUCUGCUUCAAGGGCUUCGCCUACAACUCCACCUUCCAGGUUCACAUGAGGACUCACACCAAUGAGAGGCCCUUCGAGUGCACCACCUGCGGCAAAUGCUUCCGCCAGCUGCCCCACCUGCAGGACCACGAGCGCAUCCACAGCGGCGUGCGGCCUUUCUGCUGCUGGAUCUGCGGCAAGAGCUUCAGCGUGGCGGCCCGCCUCACCGAGCAUGCCCGCACCCACAGCGGCGAGAAGCCGUACCCGUGCCCCAACUGCCCCGCCGCCUUCCGCUCCCGCUCCAACCUGGACAAGCACAUCCGGCAGCACGGCGACCAGGCUGCCCAGGCCGCCGAGGAGGUGGCCAGCGCCAACGAGGCGGCGCAGGUCCAGAAGGUGCUGGAGGGGGCCAAAGUGCUCUCCUCCCUUGCUGACGCCACCCAGGUGGAGGUGGACGACGGCAACGGCGGCAUGCAGACCAUCUACGUGCUGCAGGCCAGUGAGGGCGGCGGGGAGGCGGUCAUGAUCCCCGCCGAGGAGCUGAGUGGCAUGGACGGAACCUCGCAGGUGGUCAUCCUGCCCUCGUCUAUGCUGGGAGCGCAGGGCAUCACCAUUCCCACCAUCACAGUGGACGGCAGCGAGAUCACCAUGAUGGACGGCUCGCAGUCCCCGCAGCAGCACUCCAUCGAGUUCAUCGUGGAGGAGACCAUUUGAGCGUCGAGCCCCGGGUGAAGUUUCACUCAAAAUAUACAUUCCUUGGAAAGAAAAUUAGAUAGUCAACUUGAGCGCUAAAGUUCACAAGUGUUAGAUGUGCGAUUGAUUUUACCUUCUCUUAACUUUGGAAUACAAGCCCAUCUGUUCAAUGCUUCAGUGCCUUUUGCACAACUUGCUAACAACAGUAGUUGUGAGCCACGAUCCCUGGCUCAUUUCGAAUUAGGGUUUAACGCCUCUUCUUCAUCAUGAGGAGUGCACGCCUCCCUCAAAUACUGCAAUUGAUCAAUAAAACGAGAUGUGGCCGCAGAGUUGGUGCGCUCAGCACAUUGCGACAGAGAUUGGGAAAGACCAGAAAAGUCCAAGAAAUGGACACAUUGCAAAUUUUCUUUAAUCAAAAACCUGUUGUGAAUUUUGAAGUGCAAACAAGUAGUGAAACAUUGACCAAGUGUUCAUGUGCAUGGUGGAGGUCACCUUUAAAGCUUAGAGCGCAUUUUAGGAUCUUCCUUUAAUUUCACGCAAAUUUAAUAGUUUCCAGCUUUAACCACCCUGCCUUAAAAUACAAUCAAACCUGGAAAGAUCCACCCUCCGUUUUUUCCUCAAAUUCAAUCUUCCGACAACUGUUGUGGAAACAUUUAGGUUACUUUAAACUCUUCUUCAGCCUAAAUUUUGGACUUGUCUUCAGUUUAUAACACAGAAUGUGGACUUGGAAGAAGAAAGACUGGUGUUUGUUUUGACCAUUAUCCAACAUCAGUGGCGACACACCGAAUUGAUUCGGUCGUCGGCCACCCUUGAAGAAAAUCUUCCUACUUGUUAGUUUACUGCAUGCUUUGAAUGCGAAAUUUAGUGCCAUCUGGUGGACAAUAAAAAAAGAUCAAUGCGAAAGCUGACAGUCCAAAUGUAAAUCUUAACAAAUGACUUCAUUAGAUUCAAUUGAGUUUGUGAUGGGGUGUUUUUUUUUUUUGUCUGUUGCGUUUCCAUGUGCUCAUUUCAUGAGUAGAUGACAAUUAUGAAUAAUCAAGAUUCAAGAGUUUUUUAUUCGCCAUGUUUGAGCGUGCCAAACAAGGAAUUUGACUUCGGUAAAUCACACCCUCUGUUCAACAUUUAGGUGACUAACAACACUCAGGACAUGCGAAUAUACAUCCCCUGGCGCUUUAUUCAAAACACCCCAAAUGACUUGAAAAAUGGUAAAUGGAAAAAAAAAAACUGAAAGGCACACCCAAAAACACCGGGAUUGCUUAAGGGUUAACUCAAAGGGUUAAUUCAAAUCACAUUGUACAAGCUAGUAAGAGUCGUUCAUCAAAACCUCUCUGCAGCUGUAGAUCAUCCCACCUUCGGCAGCCCCUGCUGUCGCACGCCUCUUCGGGCUAACAAGCGUGGGAGUGAAAAGGCACCCAGCUCAGCGGCAGUACGAGUCAGAGUGAACCCCCCCCCGCACUGUCACCGGGUUGGCGAGGUGCGUGCGAACUCCAAUUGUCUGCUCUAUUCAUUGUUAGUGACUUUUAGUCCUCAAAUUAAAUAAAUCCUACUGUUAUUCAAAUAA